UGUCUCUUCUGAGGAACUUUUUUCUUCUAUCAAACUAAAGAUCAGAAGACUGAAGAUGAAAACGAGCAGGAUGAAAAGCAGCGCAGCGCUUUGCGUAUCAAGUGGACAAACUCAGAAGUCUAAAGAAGUGGAGGAACGGGGCCGCUGGGGGACCAAGGCGGAGUUCAUCCUCACCGUGAUGGGGGCAAUUAUCGGCCCUGGGAAUAUUUGGAGGUUCCCAUAUCUCUGCUACAAGAACGGAGGGGGUGUGUUUUUCAUCCCAUACACCGUGUUCAUAUUUACGUGUGGAAUACCCUUGUUCUUUCUUGAAACUGCGUUAGGGCAGUACACCAGCCAGGGGGGAAUCACUUGCUGGCGGACGAUUUGUCCGCUUUUUCAAGGCAUUGGUUAUGCCAGUCACCUUGUCAUCGCAUUCAGCGCCACUUCAUACAUCAUAAUUCUUGCUUGGGCGUUUUUUUACCUGUUCUCCUCCUUCAGCUCAGACCUGCCAUGGGCUUCAUGUGGGAAUUACUGGAACUCAGACUCAUGCUUCGAUAACCGUCUGAAUCUGAGCCUGGAAUCACGACUGAACACUACGCUCCCAGUUGUAGAGUUCUGGCAACAUCGAGUUUUAAAGAUCUCUGGUGGGAUCGAGGAGGUGGGUGGGCUGAGGUGGGAACUGGCGCUGUGCCUCAUCCUGAGCUGGAUCAUCUGCUACUUCUGUGUCUGGAAAGGAAUCAAGUCAACAGGAAAGGCAGCGUACUUCACAGCCACCUUCCCUUAUGUCAUGCUGUUUAUUCUGCUGAUACGAGGCGUGACCCUCCCAGGAGCUCUGGAUGGGAUCAUUUAUUAUCUCUACCCUGAUAUCUCUCGCCUCUCAGAUCCCCAGGUCUGGAUGGACGCUGGUACUCAGAUCUUCUUCUCCUAUGCAAUCGGCCUUGGUUUCCUCACUUCUCUUGGGAGUUAUAACUCCUUCAACAAUAACUGUUACAGGGACUGUUUCUACUUGUGUCUGCUGAACAGCGCCACCAGCGUUGUGGCUGGCUUUGCCAUUUUCUCCGUUUUGGGCUUCAUGACGUAUGAACAAGGCCUGGACGUUUCUGAAGUAGCAACAUCAGGCCCUGGGUUGGCAUUCAUUGUGUUUCCGCGCGCUGUGGCCAUGAUGCCGAUGCCUCAGGUGUGGUCCGUGUGUUUCUUCCUCAUGAUCAUUCUGCUUGGACUAGACAGCCAGUUUGUUGGGAUAGAGUGUGUGAUGACGUCUCUGGUCGAUCAUUUCCCUUCUUACCUGCAUCAAGGCUACAGGCGGGAGCUGCUUCUGCUUGUUAUGUCCUGCAUCUUCUGCAUGCUUGGAUUCUUACUUGUCACUGAGGGUGGGAUUUACCUGCUGCAGCUGUUGGACCACCAUGUCUGCAGCGGCUCCACCCUGCUGAUCCUCUCGUUCUGCCAGUCUGUCAGCAUUGGGUGGGUCUAUGGUGCAGACCGUUUCUACGAUAACAUCAAGGAGAUGAUUGGCUAUCAUCCAUUUCCUUUCAUGAAGUACUGCUGGCAGUACAUCACUCCUCUGGUUUGCUUUGGAACCUUCAUCUUCUCGAUUAUCAAAUAUACUCCACUCAAGUUCAGUAACUCCUACGUUUAUCCGCUAUGGGCAAAUGUCCUGGGAUGGUUUUUUGCCACAGUUUCUCUUUCACUCAUCCCACUGUUUGUACUUUUCAAAUUAAUCAAAGGCCAAGGCACACUCCGACAGCGUUUCCUAUCGCUCUGCAAACCCGUCGCUUCCUUGAACCAAAUACGCAGCACUUCCACACCGGACAGUGACAGCAGAGCUCCGUACACAGAGCUCAGACCUCUGACCCAGUCGGCCGGACUCACUCAGUCAGAACCAACAAACUGCUCCGCUGAGAGGCUGACCGUCUACUAGCAGAGAGAUCCAGGUCUGAGUCACUGAAUGUUCUGACAACAAAAUCCUUCGAACCAAACCGGGAGAAUGUUGCAUCCAGGUCCAUGAUCCACCUUCAGCCACAACUCAAGAAAAUUUUCAAUAUUGUUUCCUGAGAAAGUGUAUUUUCUGAAUAUAUUUUCAUACAUAUAUUUUUAUGUACGUAUAUUUAUAUAUAUCAUCAUGCAGGGUUUGCUGUACAUGAACAAGAAGAACAAAGAUGUAACCAAACAAAGCAAAUUAUAAGGGACAUUAGGUGUAAAUAUCCAGUCAAAUAUAGAUGGAUUAUAGAUUUUGCAGUUUUAAGUAUGAUUAUGCAAAUCAGCUUUGUAGAAAAAUGCCUCUGAUAAUGUGACAAAAUGUGAAAAACCUCAACAGGUGUGGAUAUUUUUGUAAUGCACUGUGCAGAAGAUGUUUUUUUUUUCUAGAAUCACUCAUGUUAAAGCAUUAUUAUUACAUGAGAAGCAUUCCGCAGCAGCAAACCUCAAGACCAUCCAACCUGUUAGAAUGCAUCAGCACCUUAAUGUGUUCACACUUUGAUCUGUGUCAGUCAGACACCAAGUUAAUAAAAUAUCUCUUUCAUCCGCCCCACACUGGAAACACCUUGUCUCAGAGCAGAACGCUGCAGAAGCUCGGUCACAUCUCUGCUCCAGUGAACCACGUCGAGUCACGAAGGCUCAGUCACAUACCACUCUCCAGCCCCAACAUGUUCAAGACCUAUUAGCAAAGGUGUGAAGAAAUUAUAUUGAUGUUGGAAGUAAAACUGACAAACAUAAAUGAGAUUAAGCUAGCAGGUGUUUGUCAUUUACUCGCAUGCCUUUCUUGGAGAAGCGCAGCAGGCCAGCAAAACGCUGAGCUGGGAGCGUUUUCACACGACUCACAUGCACAUUACACAUCAUCAUCACUUAAACAUUUAAACAUCCUGUAAAGACUAAUCAGAAUGAAUCUGAUCUUUUUGUAACUGGGUGUGUGAUUUAAUAUAACUUUUUAAUAAGGGGUUUUGUUGUUAAUUGUUAAUAAUCUUAAGAGGUUUUUUUUCUGGAAUCUGUGCUGCCCUGACCAACUUCUGUCACUUUGUAUCGGUUGUUCAUUCUAACUUUGGAUCAAAUGGUUUCAGAUGAACUCUUUGUUUUUGCAAGGCUACAAUAAAACAUGUAUUCAAACUAGUAUCAAUAAUGUAAUAAACAGAAAUGGGAUUUAGUUUAGUUGAUUAUUUAUUAUCACCAGAUGCAUUUCAAGUACGUAAAAGGAACAUUAUGAAAUAGAAAAAGAUAGAUGUCUAUUUCCAUAACUUAUAUAUGGUUUUUAACAAGUUACAUUAGUUUGUGGACAGGAUCCAUCCAUCUUCCACCAAUUUUGAUUUGAAUCUGGAAAGAA